AUGUCUUACUCUACCGAUACAGAAGAUGAGCCGCCAUACUAUCGUUUCACGGAAAACCCGAACGCCGAGUACAACGGUCAAGGAUUUAAGAGAGCUAGCCCAGUUCCCAUGACGAUGCCUCACUCAGAUGGUUCAAUUCUAUAUGAGAAGCCAACCUUUAGCUUUAUAUAUACGAUAAUUCAGCAAAACGACACCAAGGCUCUUCAACAAUAUCUCACAAUUGCACCAUGGGCUGUCUCGUUGGAACCAGUUUUCGCGAACGAUCUCUGGGCCGUCCCAGACAGACGUACUUCUUCAGACGGUGGCGCCUCUUAUGGCGGUAUUAACAUGAACUACUUACAGUGGGCAGCACGGGAAGGAGGUCUUGGUGUAUUCAAAAUCCUUCUGCAUCACUGCACGAAGGGCAAGGAUCCUGAGAUAAGAAUUGGAUUCGAAUCUCAAGAAUUCGAAAUAUUGAACGAAGCCGCCAAAUACGGUCAGGUCGACAUGGUCAAAUUCCUACUCGAUAGCCAGCCACGAUACGCCAGCAUCGAAGAGCGCGACUCAAAUGGCUAUACUGCAUUACUGUCCACUGCUUCGGCGCCUAACCUCGAUUGCCCUACCUGUCUACAAGAACGACGACCUGGACCUGCGGCAAGCGAAGCAACCAUGAGUUUGCUACUAGAUCGGGGUGCCUGCGCAUCUGAUGUCCUGUAUGGAAACCAAAAAAUACUCAAGACAGUCCUCACUUUAACUGUGGAGUGGGCAGGUUCACGAUUAAUCAAGAGACUCAUUGAUAGUGGCGCCAGUAUUGAAACCAAGGUACAAAGAGGUCCAUGGGAUGAGACGUUUUGGAAUCUGCAUGGCUACACCUUCGAGGCUAACGCACUAUAUGUUGCCUGUACCCGCGCAAACUUCGAAGCUGUGAAGACUCUCAUUGAGUGCCGAGGCUCCGAGGUUGACGUAUCAGACGUCCUAUGGCAGCGAGAUAGUCGUGGAAGUACUCCUCUUCAUUGGGUGGCUCAAAGUCACCUGCCAAGAGAAAACUUUGGGGACUCGAAAGACGCUAUCUACGAUAAAGCACGGAACAUUAUGAGUAUCAUUGAGCUUAUGUUAGACCUAGGCCCAACCACUAUCAACGCCACGGAUGAGAAUGGAAAUACACCUUUGCACUACGCCACCCGGUCACCGAGUCGACAAGAUAAGAUGUACUGCCCUAUUUUUCAACUCUUGUAUGCCAGGGGCAGCGACGCCGGCAUACGGAAUACAGAAGGUCAAACGCCUCUGCACACCAGAUUUCGUCUUGAUGAUAGUGGUAGAGUUAGAUGCCACUACUUCGGCAAGACACCUAUUGAUGAAGCUAUGUUAUUCACGUUACUUGCCCAUGUUGAGAAAUGUAUAUUCUAUACCCUUGGCCAUCGAAAUGCAAUGUCCCAGUGA